AUGAGUGCGAUCGAAGAAACUCGCCGGCCAAGAUUCUUCCUGCUUGCCCCACCAACAACACUCCAACCACUUUCCCCAGCACGUAUUCACAAUCUCACAAUUCAACUCAAUAAAUCUUAUUGUCGCGAAUUAUACCAACAAUGCCCAUGUCGCGUUGGACCCGGAGAUUCUUGUAUCAACUACAAUGGGGACCCAUAUACAUGUAGGACUCUGGACUGUUAUAUAGGGGAUCCCAAUAGUAGACCCGACCUACCCCCCUACCCACUUCUCUUAUUCAAGAAUUGCCGAAAGAUGCUCAGCGAUUACAAUCUAGGUCCUCCAAUAAACCAGACCCAUCCAAUCUGGUACCACGCUGAUAAUCAAGCCCAAACUCUUGAGGCCCAGAUUGACGGAAGUGGGGAUAAGUAUCUGUGCACUUGGACUGAGUCUACAGAUCCUAAUAAUGUUAGACCUUAUUGUGAUGGUUGCAGUUCAGCAGAUACAGAAAACUCACAGCCAUAG